CUAGUCACGGAUUAAUGCAUUUACAUUUGGUAUCACUGAAUGUUAUAUUUACGUGGCUUUGGCGGUCUUCAAAUCUUCCCUUUGGCUACGAAUUGAAUCGAAGGAAAUUUUAGUGAGCCGGGACGUGUCACAAUGAAUUCAGUUUUGAACGAGGCUCAGUUAAAACGCCUUUCAGAGCACAAAUACAGCGCGCAAUGCGUAUCGAUUCUAGACCCUUGCUUCCAAGUUUACUGGCGAUGGCUUGUGGAACAACUUCCUCUGUGGCUAGCUCCAAACACCAUUACAAUCUCAGGAUUAGUCAUCAAUGUAGCCACUUCCCUUAUUUUAAUGUGGUAUUGUCCUCAAGCCAAAGGAGAGGUAAGAUAUGAUGUAAAAUAAAAGAUAACUUUCCGUUUCAGUUUGUUCAGGCUUUAGAUAAUCGCGGUGUUUGAAGCGAGUCCUGUUGGUGAAUAAUACAUGUUUUGUUCUGUUUCAUUCAUUUUAGCUUGAAAUUGGAUUCAAUAAAAACAUUCUUUUCCAAACUAGAACUGAUAACACAACUUCAGCUUCAAGAUCUCAAUUGCUCACAGCAAUGAAUUUACACGAAAGCAAUGAAUUUGUCGUGUUAAGCUUGUAUUUAGCUAAGCUCUGGAACUUUAAUAGCGUGCUUUGAUAGUAAAUGUUUACUGAUAGAAUGACUGGUUAGUUUGAAUUGCCGGCUUAGCAUAAAUCAUUUGUGUGAGACUAAUUUAUUCGCGGUCCCAUCAGUCAAUCAAACUUGGAACGUUCACGAAUUUCUAAAGAAAACUCUACCAACAAAUUGUUCGUAUGUGUCAUUAAACCGUGAUAUUGUCUAUUAAAGGGAACUAGUAAAUGUAUUUAAUUAAACGCUGUAUUUUACGCAGUAAUGCAUCCAGCUGCGACAUUUUAAUUUUCAUUAUCUAGCUUUUUAGUAAGUUAUUGUUUUAUUUAUCCCUCAUUAAAUUAAACCAAUGUAUCAUCCAUGCAUUUGCUUAAAACCAGGUGAACUUUUUAAAGUGAAAACAUUUUAUUAACCUUUCAAAGAUGACCUGACCUGACAUGUUGUUGUUGUUGUUGUUGUUGUUGUUGUUGAUUGAUGGGUAUCACAUAAUCAAGUGGAGAGAGAGCAAAGUUUAUUUCUCGGUCAUGUAUCCAUGUGUAGAGGAGAUCUAAAUUGUAGAUCAAAUUAGACAUUGAUACAUGUAAGCAUUUGGUGUCUAGAUGGAGCUCAAGUGUAGUUUGACAACUACUUGUGAUUUAACCCUUUAAGUCUUGCUAGUGACCUAGACAGAAUUUCUCCUUACACUAUCAGUACAACGUCAAGCAGACAAGUAAUGAGAAUAAAGAAGAAUAUCAGUUAGGUAAUUAUUGGUUGAUUCAAUUCCAAAUUCUCAAAACUAACAUCAUAUGAAUUGUACGGCAGACAGUAAGGAGAAAUACUAAUGAGAUCUUGGGAGUUAAAGGGUUAACUUGCAUUUGGAUCGCUGAGGUAAAUCUCUCAUGUAAGGAUGCACAUGUGUUACACACACAUCUGUUACUGAACCUUUUAAUGACACAAAAAUACCAAGAUUUUUAACCUUGACAUUGAUUACCAUCAAUAUUUGCAUAUAGCCAUAUUUAUGAUGGUUGAUAUUCUUUAUUUCCACAGGCACCAUGGUGGGCCUUUUUCUUGAGUGCUGUGGGACUGUUUGCAUAUCAGUCUCUUGAUGCAGUUGAUGGUAAACAAGCACGACGUACAAAAAGUGCUUCACCAUUGGGAGAAUUAGUAGAUCAUGGCUGUGACUCUGUUUCCAUGGUGAUAAUGAUGUUGGCUAUCAGUGUUGCAGUAGAGCUUGGGACACACCCUAGCUGGAUGUUCUUCAUAACAUUCAUGGCAACCUUCAUGUUUUAUUGUGCUCACUGGCAAGCAUAUGUCUCUGGUACUAUAAAGUUUGGAACGUAAGUGAAUAAAAUUUUUACUUCUGUUUCAACUGCAGGAGAAAGUAUAAGCUUUUCACACAACUGAUUUAAGAGAAACUCCACCCCUAAAGAUGUAAACUCCUAUAGCAGGCCUGGCUUUUCUUUAAAGGAAAUACCAGUGGGUGAAAGGUCUCAUAAUUGGAAGGUUAACCAAACUAGAGUUACACAGUCAUACUCUUGCAUGUACAUGAAGCAAAGUUAAUAAUAUUUUGGCGUGUUGUAAUUUCAGUGUGGAUGUAACAGAGAUUCAAGUUGCUGGUAUGGGUAUAUUCAUGGUGUCUGGAAUCUUUGGUGUUCAAGUAUGGUCCCAGCAGGUAGGCCUGCUGCUACAAUUCUAAUAUGUCACAUGACUAAUGUUGGGCAUUUAUUGACGAGCUGUAUACAUCUGUAUUUUUUGAAUGUAUGUAGUCAUCCAAGGUAAUCAUGAACUGUAUUACGAUUGUUGAUGAGUGACCAAAACAGAAUUUCUUCCCACAUAUCAAGCAGACAUGUUAUGAGAAUAAAGAAAAAUAUGAAUUAGGGGAUUUUAAGGUGAUCCAAUACCAAAUUCUCAAAACUAUAUUGAGAAUUGUAAGGCAGACAGUAAGGAGAAGUACCAUUGAUAUCUUGGAAGUGAAAGGGUUGAUGUACACAUUUGUGAAAAGGAAAUGCCAGGAGAUGAUAAUGAACCGGUGUCAUCAACCCAAAAUGUGGCCUUUUAGGAACUGAGUUGAAAAGUGGCUUGUUCAGGGCUCUACCUGGCAGACAGUUAGGAAACAGAGCUGACUGCCCUGCAGGAAAAUAAAUCCCUGCCUGUAUGAGUGGAUGGCUUCUUCAGUCCAUAUUUCCCCUUUCUGUAUUAUUUUUUUAUUAUAUAAACAUAGUGUACUUCUUUUUUCUCUUCAUGUUGUUGGGUUAAAGAAUCAAUUGUUGAGUUCCCUGAUUUUUGAUCAUGUGCAGGUUCCUUACUUCAGUGUCACAUACAAGGAUGUUAUCUUCGGGGGUACCCUGUGUGGAACAAUUUACAAUCUUUCAUCAAUAUUUCUCCAAAUAUAUGAAGGUGGAAAAGGGAAAAAUGGAUCAACAGUUGCUGUAAGUUUUUUUUAACAUCAUGCAAUUUGCCUUACUGUUGUAGCUGGUAAGUGCUCAGCGAGUAGUGUACUUAUAGCAUGGAGCAUGCAUGUAAUUUCCAAGAACUGCAUUUGCUUGACAAGGGUAUAGUUGCUGUAUGUAUGAACAACAAUGCAAUUCUGAUUCUAAAGUAACUUUCCUGGGUCAUCUAGAUUUAAAUCUUGCCUUUUCAGUUGUGGUAAUUAGCAAUCAAUUGUCCUUUUUCCAAGUUUUUAUUGAUUCAGAAAUGUCAUACUAUUAAGAAGUCGAAAUGUGAUGUUAAAUGUUUCAGUGGGUAAAAAUAUUUGUUGAAAGGGAGACUGGAAAUUGCUACUGAACUGUACUGUGCACAGAAAUCUCAAGGAGUUUUGAAAACCAAUGACUGUGGUAACCAUAAAUAAACAUUUUAUCUGCACCUACAUAUAAUUAAGAACUUACAAUUUAUCUGCAAAAGUUGCAAAAUCAUGUGCCUGUUUUCUAAAUUACUUGUCAUACAAAGAAUCACGUAGUUGUGUUUGUCUUUCAGGGCACUAGUGUUUUAUCACCAUUGUUUCCUAUUGCUGCAAUGUUAUACAUGGCUUAUCUUACUGCAACAACCUCCUCCACAAGUGUAUUCCAUAAGCACCCAUGUCUAUUCGUCAUGGCGUUUGGAAUGGCAUGUUCCAAGAUUACAAUCAAACUAGUGGUAUGUGCUAUUGUGGGGAGUAUUGUUGUUACUACUAUGUGAUUGUGUUGUGUCUCAGUUACUUUUGUUUUAUCCAGUAUUAGGGGCACAGGCAAAGUUCUUUGUAAGGGGACUUGAGUGGGCAGAGAGAGCUAUACACUAGUUUAAUGUGUUAUUAGCAUUUGGGGCAUGCCUGAGGGCUUUGUUAUUUAUGGGUUGUCUGUUAUCUGGGACUAAUAUGGAGGUCAUAUUAUCUUUUCAUAUAUAAUUUUUAACAAGCAGGAGAUUUCUUGAGAAAAAAAUGUUAAAGAAAACUGUCUGAAUUUCUUUGAAUUUUACAUAUGUCAUUUCUCAGAGACAGAAACAAAGUGAAAAAUUAAGAAUUAUGUUCCUCUCAUAAUGGGAAAGCUUCAUACAAAACAUUAAUUGCCUUGGAGGAUCAAAUGGAACAGCUAGGCACCUCAAUUCUUUCACUCUCACAAAUAAUUAGUGUCAGAAACUGUACAAGAGUUUCAAUACACAGUGGGAAGACCAAUUCCUAACCCAUAAAGAAGCGUAUUGGCAUCAGAGGGCACAACUGUCCUUCAGUUCUUAGAUCAGAUCUUAGCAAGCAGAUUAUUACUUUGAAACUGUAUGAACAUUUUUACCUAGAACCUUUCAGUUGUUCAUCUUUUAGAUUCCUCAUUAACAUUUUCUUCACUGUCAAUAGGUUGGUUGUAUGACACGGAGUCCUGUUGAAUUUAAAGAUUCCACAAUGAUUGGAGGAAUUCUUCAGAUUCUUAAUAUUCAUUAUGGCUCCCCAAUUGAUGAAUACGUUCUAUUGUGGUGUAUGAUGGUGAGUCUUCUUGAAUUUUUAAAUCGAACACAAUGUAAAUGUUCUAUUAAAAAAAAAUUGGGAAAAUUGCAACCACAAAAUAAGUGAAAAGUACAAACUUUUAGAAAUGGCGUCAUACUUCUGGCCACGCAACAAAAAUAGGCGAGGCUUUAUACCAGAAUCUUAAAACAGGGAAAUGGAUUUUGCUGUCCUUUACCAAACUCAUCCAAAACUGUUUUUGUGAUGACGGGUGAGUGUAUGAUCAGUCCUUCGCUGUGUGCCCCAAGGCUGUGGAAUUCUCUUUAGCACGAGGUAUCGUUACUUUCCAUGGAUCAACAUGUUUCAAGUGCUCAGUUAGUAAAAAAGAGCGAAAUUGAAGACGGCGCGAUAGAAGCUGACGCGACCCGGCCCAAAACUCCCUCGUCUUUCAUCCCUUCACUGUUACAGAGCUGUUUUACCAACUGAACGCCUGGAACUGGCCAUUCACGGAUAGAAUGCGAGUUCGUCGCGCGCAACCCCUCCCCUCCCAUCUUUUCCUCUUUCUACCGUACUCAGGAUUUCCUGACAAGUUGCUGGCACCCAUUCAUACUGGUUGGAGAGAAGCACUUGAAGUGUCUUGUCCAUUGUCCAUUGUCCAUCUUCUCCAUUGACUGUGUCUUACCCCUCUAUUCUAGGGUCAUGUGUUGUUUGAACAGCUACGGUACAACUUUGCUCUUGGUACGGAUAUCUGUGACUACCUUGACAUCAGCUACUUCAGAAUAAAACCUAUGGAUAAGGAGAAGGACAAAUAGCGCGCCGUGACCUUCCACUUGUUAAGGGUAACCCCUGCUUUUCCUCCCUUUGAUCUUUUUUCUGACCAUUUUGUGAGCUGUGUUGAGCGGU